AUGAACAAGGACUCCUCCAUGACUGUCUUGGCCGAUGCAGCUCGCAAACGCAAACGGUGCCGUACCAACUGGGCCGUGGGAGCCGCCAAGGAUCAGUUGCAAGACGCCAUCCAGGAAUGGGACGCACAAACCGGACGAGCCCUGUCCGCCGAGGGGAAACGCUUGCCCCUCAAGGACUACGCCGCGCUGGUCGGAAUCCCCUAUCACACGUUUCGCAAGUACGCCUCGGGCGCUCGCAGUGUGGGAAAUUCCACGGGACGACAACCGCUGCUGGACAAGGCCGAACAGGCGUGGAUUGCACGACAACUAGCCAACAAGGGAGACGGAUUGUUGGCCCACGAAGCGGUGGAUUUUGUACGACAACGACAUCCGGAAUUGUCGCGUGCUCAAGCAUUGCGGCACUUUCAUCGGACGCUCCUCAAACAUCAUCCGCAACAAUUAAAGGUCCCUCCCAAGCGGCAGUAUCAGAAGCGACAGCAACGACAGCAGCAACAAGACUGUCAUGUUCCAGAGGAAGAAGAGGACGAGGAGGACGAAGAAGAGGAGGACAGCGAAGAAGAAGAGGAGGAAGAGGAAAUGGAACAAGACGACAUUCCGCCACCGUUUCAACAGCAGCGACAGUCCAAGAAGCUGCGGCUAGAGGCCCUGGAUGCCCGAAUUGCCAAGCUUAGGUCAGAUCUACUUGAUGCUGAGCUGGAAAAGGAGCGACUACUGCGUGAGGAGGACUAA